AUUCCCUGGUUGGGGAAUGAUUCAGAUUCGUCCUCUGCGUGCUGCAUUCGUUAAAUGUGAAGAGGAAAGCAACUUUCCUGUUCGGCUUGUUGAUGGCUCAUCUAACACAGAUGGUGUUGUCGAGAUUUUCUUUAAUGACCGCUGGGGUAAAGUCUGUUCUUACGGCUGGGACUCAGCAGACGCCAGCGUCGUAUGUCGACAACUAGGUUUCCACGGUCUCAAUGUGUCUGUAAUUUACAACAGACAGAGUCAAACUGUGGAUUACUUGAUGAAUGUUGAUUGCACAGGUGAUGAGGCCAAAUUAGCUGACUGUGGCUACAAUGGAUGGAAUGCCCACUGCUUCAAGUAUGCAGGUGUUAUGUGCCAAAUGGCUGCCAAAGAGUACCCAGUCCGGCUUAUUGGCGGGAAUUCAAGCACAGAGGGUAUUGUAGAAAUACUCUUCAAUGGCCAAUGGGUGAAUGUCUCUAGCAACGAGUGGGACGAUGCCGCUGCCGGUGUCGUGUGCCGACAGCUUGGCCUACAUGGCCCGAGCAAAGCUGUCAUUUACUUGCACACUCCAUCGUCAAUGCAAGGGAGCGAUGGUGUGUUUCUGGAAGACGUCAGGUGCAACGGUGAUGAACAAAGACUUGCUGACUGCUUUUAUGCUCGUUGGGGCAUUGAGCAGUUCUUUUCCAAUGAACGUCUAGGAGUCAUUUGCUCAACAGAACAUUACAGCGUGUUCCCGAUUCGGUUGAUUGGCGGCCUAACUCCUAAGUCUGGUCUGAUCCAGUUGUUCUACCUCAACCAGUGGGGUGUAGUUUGCGAUGAAAACUGGAGUGAGGCAGAGGCUAAAGUUGUUUGCCGACAGCUCGGUUUCGAAGGGCAUAGCUUGCCAACAGUGAACUCUGUCAGCUGGCAGUCCGACUCCGACCCAGUAUACCAGACCAGCUUUCACUGCUUGGGUGACGAGGAGAGCCUGACUAGUUGCAUGAGAAACAGUGGCAAACAUCGGUCCUCGAUGUUUUGUUACCAGAAAAUAGGAGUAGUCUGUCAAGAAUCCGUUGAUUUUUACCCCAUUCGUCUUGCCGGGGGUCUGUCUUACGAAGCGGGACGAAUAGAAGUGUAUUUCCAAGGAUACUGGGGAAUAAUACAAGAUUGCUCAGAUACCAACAACUGGGGCAUUGAGGAGGCUAAUGUCGCUUGCAAUCAGCUUGGAUUUAACGGAGCACGCGCCUCCGUCUUUCAUAGCAUAUACGGAGACGGAACCGGUCUAAUCCUCAUGGAAAGUGUGGACUGUUCCGAGAAUUUCGAAGUGUUUGGUGGCACUUGCCCUCCCCCUGAAGCAGUGCCACGCCCCAACGGACAGCCCACCAUUGACGUCAUCGCUCCUCUAGGCCAAUCAGUGGCCUCUGUGUUCUGGACCAAGCCGACAUUAGUUCUUCCUUUAAACCAUUCUACGGAAUCGUCGCGAUGCGUUCCGGCUGACGCAGACAGCAGUCCAUACCCCUGCCAGAGCGGUAGUUCCUUCAACAUUACCUCCCAGUUUGCCAUCAGUCAUGGCAGAGAUACAGCAGUGCAAUAUGUUGUAACUGACUUGGAUGAGGUUGAUUCCAACUUCAAAUGUACCUUCUUUGUGUCCGUCCGAGAUGACGAAAAGCCAACGAUCACAUGUCCAGAUAACAUAACCAAAGUGGCUGAAUAUGGUUUCCAAUACAUCACAGCAAACUGGACGGAGCCAGUGGGAACGGACAAUUCCGACAUCGUGUCCACCAUAUCCAAUGUCCCCCACAGUCCCCCUAUUCAGCUCGGCUUCGGCAUUCAUGUCUUCACCUAUACUGCUACCGACGGCUCCCUGAACACCAAUUUCUGCACAUUUGCAGUCACGGUCAAAAAGAUGAAAGUAGGAUCUUGUCCAAGUGAUGUUACAUCGGAUACUACCCAUGGUCUGCUCACUUGGCCAGUCACUGAGGCAGGGUCACACGCCGAGUCCUUCCAAAGAUGCCCUAUCUACACAGAACGAGCCGGUUGGGCAAAAGCCGUCAGACACUGCACAUUUGAUAAUUUAGCCGGCAGUGCAACCUGGGAAGCGCCUCAAAUUCUAAGUUGCGGAGAGAACAGGAGCAGAGUGACUGUAGAAGAUGUUGCGCAGAUUCCAAUUAGUCGACACAAUGUCUUGGAAGUAGCCAAAUUUCUGGCGGAGAAGUCCUACAAGGAUUGGUCAACGCAGCGAAUUGACGCAGUGGUUGAGAUCCUGAACAACAUCACACGUUUAGGCCCUGAUGGAGAACCAAAUGUAACCAAUGCAGUUAUCGAUACCGUGGAUAAUAUUGCAAAAGCCUUGGCAACCUUCGAACAAUCUCAGUACCUUAGUAAGGAAAGUCUGGUCUCAAUGUUGCGGACAGUUCAGAAACACGUGUCUGCAACGCUUGCACGGAAGGGCGUGGUCCACAUUCAGAAAGAUUCCAUCCACGUUGAAGCAGUCAGCGCCAACUUAUCUUGGGCGAGGAAUGGUCUGAGCUUCAUCUUGGAGGACGGGCUUACCUCUGAGCAACGAGGGUCAACACAAGCGGGCCGCAGUAGGCUGGUGGGAUCAGAGGUCAGAGUUUAUGGCGGUGAGGUACUGCAAAGUCACAGUGUGAGGGCAGCAGUAACAUUGCCGGGGAACAUGGUGAAAAGGUUACCUGAAAGAGAUGGAAACACCUCACUUCCACAUAUGAAUGUAAGUUUCAUCAUCUACGCUGAUGACACUAUGUUUCCAUCAGCCUUUGUGAAAGGUUCACAGUCCGGGAACCAAUCUGCAGUCGUGGUACCAGGCCCUGUGAUCUCAUUGGCCGUGGAGGACGUUACACUUGUAAAUCUGUCAGAGCCAGUUGUUAUAGAGUUCGAGACUGUAGCAAGUAGCAGCACCGAGUCGGCGACAUGUGUCUUCUGGGACUUCACUCUAGAGGGUGGCGUCGGUGAUUGGUCGAGUAUCGGUUGCGAGUUUCAGGGACUGACCAAUGGAAGAUACACAUGCCUCUGCAAUCACGAGGCCAUCUUUGCCGUACUCGUGGAGUUAGGCGAGGAAUUUCAGACGAAUCGUGGCAGCCUUGAUCUGAUUGCUCAGAUAAGCUGUAUUGGAUCAACAAGUACCUAUCUGAUUGUAAUUAUCGCGUAUCUCUUUCUAAGAAAAGCGCGGGCCGGUAAAGCAGGUCACGUGUUUCUGCAGUUCCUCUUCUCUCUGCUGAUGAUCUAUGCAGUGUUUUUAGCUGGUGUCAAUCAUGCACGGCAUUUGAGAUCUGGUUGCGUGGUUGUUGCUGCCCUGCUGCAUUACUUACCCCUAGCCACGUUGAUGUGGACAGCCGUUGAGGUCAGACAUAUCUACAACAGCAUGCUGCAUGGUUCCUCAACAGACAGUUCCUCGUGUGUUAUCCUCACAAGCCUUGUGGCUUGGGCCUCUCCCUUGAUAGUGACUGGCAUAACAGUGACCUUGGCGUUGGAUCAUUACGGAAGUGUGGAUAGCUGCCUUCUGGUUCCUGGCCUUCCGUUGUACCUUGGAUUUCUCGUCCCUGUUGGUCUCAUCUUGACCCACAACACAAUUACCACCAUUGCUGCUGUGAAAGUCAACUUCUGCAGUGCCGAAGAUGGACUGCCAAGCUCGCAAGUUGUCGCACGCCUCAUCUGCGGCACUUUGACGUGGGUCCUCUUUCUAGCCAUCUUGUGCUUUGGGUUUCUGUUGAUUUACAGUACACGCUCUGUAUUCAGUAUCGUCUUCUCUGCUUUGAACUUUGCAGAGAUCGUCGUCGUCUGUACUCUGGCUUGUGUGCACAGGACUAAGGAAACACCAAUAUCGGGCACUCAGAAAGGUCCUCAAGAGGGAAGCAAGGAAGAGGAUGAAGAAGACAAAGACUUCUGUAGUGAAGAAGAGACGCCCUCAAGCCUGUCAAAUGCAGUGAAGUCAGUGGAUUGUCAGGGUACCAGGGUGACGUCUCACACUGAGAUAGCCCUGGAGGAAAUCUAGAUGACUGUUCACUAAAACAAUUUUAAAUGUUGAAUCAGUUUUGAUUCACACCAAUGAAAAUUACAUGCAUGUGGCGUUUGUAGAUUGAAUCUAGAAAGAAAAUCAGCACAAGAUUAUAGACAGCUUUUAAAAAUGGGAAUUCAAUCAAAUAAACGGAGACGAGGGAUACACGUAAA